AUGAAAUCUUGUGAGUAAAUUUUGGAAGAAAUCCAAGAAUGCAUAAAGACUAAGCAGAUUUCAGAUGAUCCAACUAUAUAAAAGACUUUUGAAUAUUCUGGUGUUUAAUGGAAUGAUUAAGGAGACAUUAAUUCAUGCUUGAGAGAUUCUUAAAUGAAUUUUGUAGAGUUCUCUGUUAAAUAGGGCCCAUAAAAAAUAUAUAGGGGAUUAUGUUUACCUUAAUAAUGCAAUGCUGAAUAUCUUAAUGAUAAUAAAAAUAUUGUGAUUUAAUUUACAAAAGGUUUAAAAUUACCUUAUCCUAUUUAGGCUAACUAAAUUUCAUUCACUCCAUAUCCAUAUAAUAAUCAACCAAGUUUCUCUUCAUCUGACUUCAUCCUGGUUACUUUAUUUCUCUCAUUAUUUAUAAUUCUGAUAUUUGCAUCUUACGCUGCUUCUAAAUUUAUGAAAAACAAAAAAAUUCAAGAUAAUCUUGUAAAAUAAACUAAUAAUAGAGUAAGCAGAAAAUAAUUUUAAGAAAAUGUUAUUUUUAGAUCAAGUCUAGAAAAACCAUUUUUAGAACAAAAUAAAUAGCAAAAGGACACCGAAAAUUAAAAAGAAGUCAAAAAAGUUGAUCUAAAAGAGCUAAGAAACAGCCAAUAGAAUGUGAAAAAACAAUCUAAGAUAUUUUAAAUCCUAAAUUGUUGGAAUCUUAAAGAAAAUAUUUAAAAAAUAUUCACUUUAAAUGUGAGCAACAAAGAUCUGUAAGCAUUCAAUUGUAUCCGUGUGAUCAGCUUUAUGCAGGUUAUUCUGGGACAUGAAUUCUUUAUUCGCGUUUAGUACUUAGGAAAUCCUUUAGAUUUGUUUAUAAUUCAAAAAAAUGCAUUUUCACUCUUUAUUUUUUCCUGCCUUUUUUCUGUUGAUGUUUUUUUCUUUCUUGGUGGCUUCUUUGUAGCUUAUGUCUCAGCUGACCCAAAGUUCUUAUAGCUUUUUUCUUUCACAAAAAAACUGAGAAUGCUCAUUUCUUUUAUUGCCGCUAUUGUUAAUCGUCUAUUUAGAAUCAUGCCUUCCUAUUUAGUUGCUUUGAUCAUAUUUUGGAAAUACAUUCAAUUUUUUGGGGACUCUCCAACAUGGUUCGAAUUUAUUAAUUUCUCAAAAUAGUGCAAUGACGGAUGGUGGGUGAGGGUUUUACUUAUUGAUAACCUUUUUGAUGAUGGGCAAAAGUGUUUUGGAUGGGGCUGGUACUUAUCUAAUGACAUUUAAAUGUUCAUAUUCUCAUUGCUACUCAUUAUCAUUUAUGCCAAUCAUAGACUUGCUGGAAAAAUAUCUAUUUUGGUUACAUUCUUAACGUUUUAAGCUAUUAGUCUUUAUUAAUCUUAUUCUAAUAAUUAUCUUAUAAUUAGUUCUUUGUAAACUAUGCCUAAAUAGGAAUACUAUUUUAAACCAUGGAGCAGAUCUCCUCCUUACUUCAUAGGUUUAAUUUUUGGUAUUUUCUACAAAGAAUUUGUACUGGAAAAAUCCAAGUAAAUAAAAACAACUUUCAUAUCUUAAAUAUAAACUUUAAUCUAAAAAUAUAAAAUUACUAAAUAUGGCUGCUAUUCUUUAGGAUUAUUUUUAAUUUUCUUUUUAAUAUUUGGUCCUCGCCCUCUUCAAGUUAAUGGAUAAAAUUACUGGAAUUAAGGCUUUUAAAAUUUUUGGUUUGGAACUUGCCGUACAAUUUAUGUAGUAGGAAUAAUCCUUGUUUUAUUACCAGGAAUGUGUGGUUCAUAGGAUUUUUUGAUGAAGGUUAUGAGCUCAAAAAUAUUUCAAUUUAUAGCUAAAUUGACUUUCUAGGGAUAUCUUAUCCAUUACAUUGUUCUUACCUUUUCUCUUUGGAAUUUCAAAGAUUCUCUUUACGUUAACAACGAAAAUAUUCUUUAGCUUUACUCCACUGAGUUAGUAUUUACACUAUCCCUUUCAUUACUAUUUGUUAUUUUAAUUGAGUAGCCUUUCACAAAUCUUGCAAAUAUAAUUUUUAAUCGUCAAAAAGCAAGCAAACAAUAAAUAGCUGCUGAAAUUAGAAAUAGUAAUUAAAUUGAAUAUAGAAAAAGUAAAGAGUAUUAAUUAAGGAUCAGCAAGUAAAUUUCAUCAAGAAGUAGCAAAUAAAAUGAAAAUAGGAACAGUAAAUAAAGGAAAUCAAAUAUUAAUAAGCAACUAAAUACAAGAAACAGUAAUUAAAACAAUUCAAGAAAUAGUAAUUAAAAUAUUUCAAGAAAUGGUAAAUCAGUUGAAUUUAGAAAAAGUAAUUAAACUGAAUCAAGAUUUAGCAAAUCAAGCUAAUUUAGAAUAAGCAAUGAAAGUAAUCAAAUUUAAGAUUAACAGAUUAUACUAAGUUAAGAAAACUAAUAAGUGGCAAGUGAUAAUUAGUAAUUUGUAAUGAAUAUUGAGAAUCUUUAGCAAUAAGAAUAAGGAUAAUAAGAAAUAAAAUAAUGA